AAUAUUAUAGUUUUCUAGUACUAUAAAAUACUAUAUGAGUCGCUUUAAAAUUUUACGUGUCAUAGUACUAAAACUUUGAUUUGUCAUCUAUUUAUUAAACGUGGAAUUUAAUGUUUUAUACUGGUAAUUUCACUAGACGAAACACUUGUGUCGUCAACAGUUGCCUUUAAAAUCGUUAGCAAAUUGAGCACAAAUAUCAGCGAGAAUGGGGUUAGGAGGUUAUUCAAUGUCGGGGAAGAAAUCUUUGCUGUGGGCUUACAUUCUAUGGCUUUUUGGCGGUAUAUUUGGACUACAUCACUUUUAUCUAAGACGGGAUAGACAUGCUUUUGUUUGGUGGACAACUCUUGGUGGUUUCGGGAUCGGAUGGCUGAGUGAGGUGUUUCGUCUUCCACGUUAUGUCAAAGAUGUGAAUGAAGAUCCCCAACAAAUGAAAGAGGUGAUAAAGAGAAUCCAUCACAAUAAGAAGCCACCAUUCUCAAUGAAUCGCUUCACUGGAAUGUUGAUGGUGGGGUACUCGUGGGGGCAGAUGAUGAUGUCAGCAGUGCCACCUGAUAACUUUUGGGGUAUCAAUUUAAGAUAUCUCAACUAUCUCAUACCCUUGGUGACAGCACUUGGUGUAUGGACGGUGGGUAAUAUUGGAAGGGAGCAAGGUUCUCUCAAGUGGCCAUUGUUGGCUGCGUAUGCCUCAUAUCCAAUACGCUUCUAUAUUUACGAUGAAACCGUCUGGUUCACAUUGAUGGUUCUAGCAACUGCACUUACCUUUGAUUCCUUUUCAAAAGAGUGGAGAAGGACUCCAAAGAGACGCAAUCUUCCUACACGAAUUGCUAUAUUGGGAUUGUGCGCAGUAUUGUAUUUGUCAAUGUGGUGCAGCUACUUAUACUUCUAUGGUACAAUUACUGACAGUGAAGGUGAUGAAGUCCCUAUCUAUGAGGCAUUGUAUCACUUCUUUACAAGUCCAUGGUGGUUGGAUGUAAGACAAUGUCUUCUUGAUACCUACCAAUAUGCUCAACAUCACGGAUGGUAUGAGGUGUGGAAACAAAUUAUUGACCUAUCUGAUCCUCACGGAGAACAAAAUGCAUAUAAAGUAUUGGGUCUCGGACCAACGGCAACGCAGCAAGAAAUCACAUCUACAUGGAGAAAAUUGUCUCGCGAGAAUCAUCCGGAUAAAGUGAAAGAUCCAGUUCAAAGGAGUGCGGCUCAAGAAAAAUUCAUGGAAAUCCAACAAGCGUAUGAAAUACUUUCCAAUAGUAAACAUAGAAGGAACCGUCGUAAUAAGAAAGAUAAUUCAGAACCUACACCUAAUAAAGAAUAAUUGCAUUUGAUUCCAAAAUUAUUAAUUAAAAUAUAUUAAUUUUUAUUUACCUCACACAUUCAAUUAAUGGACU